AUGAGGAAAGUGGUAACUGUUGGUACAACUUUUUUGAAAGCCGGAAUGGGUUGUCAGCUAGUCUUUGCUGCUUGUCAGGAUGGUAAUCGUCACCAUUAUCCGAUUGCUUUUGGAGUAAUUGAUACAGAAAAAAAUGACAGUUAUGACUGGUUUUUCAGGGAGUUGAAAACUGUUAUACCCGAUAGUCCUGAAUUGGUUAUUGUUUCUGACAGAAAUGUAAGCCUCAUCAAUGCAGUAGCUGAGGUUUACCCGGAAGCUAAACAUGCGUAUUGCAUCUGGCAUCUGAGCCAGAAUGUGAAAUUGCAAGUUUUAAGGGAUAUAGAAAUAGUUGCAGUAAAAUUCAGGGAGUGCGCAAGACAGUAUACAGAGACCGAGUUUCUUGAUCAUUAUACGAAGAUGGCAUUAAAGUAUCCUAAAGUGACCGAGUAUCUAGAGAGGCGUGUAGAAGUAUGGAAAUGGGCAAGGUGUUAUUUUCCAGGAGAUAAGUACAACCUAGAGACUAGUAACAUUGUGGAGUCCUUGAAUACUGUAUUUAAGGAUGCAAGGAGGCUAUGCUUAUUACCUAUGGUGGAUAAGAUUGUUGCGAAGUUGUGUGAGUGGUUUAACAAGCAUAAAAACGAGGCUGCUUCUACGCCACCAAGACGUAAACUGGUGGCUUUUGUUGAGAAUAUAUUUCACAGUAGAUGGGCUGAAGGGAAGAGGCUAACUGUCACCGAGUUAAACAUCAGUCAAAUUGAAUACAGUGUAAUCGGAAGCGAUGGGAUGAAUUACACGGUUAACUUGAAAAGUAAAACUUGCUCGUGCAAAUGGUUUGAUAUAGACAAGUAUCCUUGUGUGCAUGCCUUCGCUGCACAUGAGCAUUACAUGAAGCGGCCAGACAGAGAAGAAGAUAUAUACGUAGAAGACUUGUGUUCAACGUAUUAUUUAACUGAGCAGUGGGCUUUUGCUUAUAACAGAACGAUCUAUCCAAUUCCACACAAGUCACACUGUAUUGUCCCCGAUGAUAUAAAGCAAUUGACUGCUUUAACCCCGGAACACGAGAAAAAGAGGGGGGGGGGGGCAAAACAGCAGAAAAAUGGCGAGCGUCAACUGAAGUCUAAGAAGACAAAGACGAGUAAUAAGAGUCGCCCUGAAUCUUAUGGAAUUUAUUCCUAUUUUACUGCAUGUCAAAGUGCUGGAGCUGAAAAUGCUACAGGUGCCUCUGAAAGUACUGCAGGUGCCCUUGAAAGUACUGCAGGUGCCUCUGAAAGUACUGCAGGUGAUAACGUGGUUUAG